AGCUCCACUGCCCGCCCCUCUGGGAGUCCGGGUACCCCCUCGGGCCGGCGCGAUGGGCAAGAAGAGCAAGAAGGAGAAGAAGGGCCGCGGGGCGGAGAAGACGGCUGCCAAGAUGGAGAAGAAGGUGUCCAAGCGCUCGCGGAAGGAGGAGGAAGACCUUGAAGCUCUCAUAGCCCAUUUCCAGACACUGGAUGCCACAAAGACUCAGAUUGUGGAGACACCAUGCCCCCCGCCUUCACCAAGGUUACAUGCCUCUCUCUCUGCUCAUCCUGAGAAAGACGAAUUAAUCCUUUUCGGAGGUGAAUAUUUCAAUGGCCAAAAAACAUUUAUGUAUAAUGAACUAUACAUCUACAAUAUCAGGAAGGACUCCUGGACCAAAAUGGAGAUCCCCAAUCCACCUCCAAGGCGCUGUGCUCACCAGGCUGUGGUGGUGCCUCAGGGCGGAGGACAGCUGUGGAUCUUUGGAGGGGAGUUUGCUUCUCCCGACGGAGAGCAGUUCUACCACUACAAGGAUCUCUGGGUGCUGCACUUGGCCACCAAGACCUGGGAGCAAGUAAGAUCAACAGGAGGCCCUUCAGGUCGGAGUGGACAUCGGAUGGUAGCCUGGAAGAGACAGUUAAUCCUUUUUGGUGGCUUCCAUGAGAGUACAAGAGAUUACAUCUACUACAAUGAUGUGUACGCCUUUAACCUGGACACGUUCGCUUGGAGCAGACUAGCCCCAUUAGGGGCUGGGCCCACACCUCGGUCAGGCUGCCAGAUGUCCGUCACCCCCCAGGGCAGCAUUGUCAUCUAUGGGGGCUACUCAAAACAGAGAGUCAAGAAAGAUGUGGACAGAGGCACCCAGCAUUCAGAUAUGUUCCUGUUGCAGCCUGAGGAUGGAAGAGAAGGCAGGUGGGCGUGGACCCGGAUUAAUCCUGCAGGAGCCAAGCCCACUCCGAGGUCUGGCUUUUCAGUGGCUGUGACCCCAAACCAUCAGACGCUGCUCUUCGGGGGGGUGUGUGACGAGGAAGAGGAGGAGAGCCUGGAGGGGGACUUCCUCAACGACCUGCAUUUCUAUGAUGCCGCCAGAAACCGCUGGUUUGCGGGGCAGCUGAAGGGACCUAAGUCAGAGAAGAAGAAACGUAGGAGGGGCAAAAAAGCAGAGCCCGAAGGUGCUGACAAGCAGGAGCGUGGGGGGGCCGGUGCCCAGGAGCCGCUGGAGGUGGUCAGAGAGGUGGUCACAGAGGACGGGACCGUGGUCACCAUAAAACAGAUGCUGGCUGCCCCGGGCUCGGCUGGACAGCCCCCAUCUGACGAGGAGGACAGCCCUGACGAAGCCGGCGGCCCCAUGGUGGAGCCGAGCCCCCGCUCGAACGCCAUGCUGGCCGUAAAGCACGGGCAGCUCUACCUCUACGGAGGCAUGUUUGAGGCAGGUGACCGCCAGGUCACCCUCAGUGACCUGUACUGCCUAGAUCUCCACAAGAUGCAGGAGUGGAUGGUCUUGGUGGAGAUGGAUCCAGGGACUCAGGAGUGGCUGGAGGAGACGGACUCCGGCGAGGGCGCCGAGGACAGCGGCGGGGAGGCCGGCGCUCCUGCACGCACGGUUGGGCCCGCCGAGCGGCUUGCAGACGGGCUGCCCGGGCUCCAGCAGUAUCGGGUAGGGCUCACCCUGGACAACGUGGUGCCCCACGCCAGGAAGGGAGCAGCCCAUGCUGUGCCACACGCUUUGUGUGAUGACUUGGCCUGA